AUGACCAACUACGACGACCCUACGCUCAUCGCUACUGAGACAGUUAACGUCACAAAGUCGCUACAUGUCUUGGCGGGGCUCAUAACAUGGGAGUUUCUCAAUUUCGUGGACUUCGAUUGGAGUAUGAUAGUGGGGAAGCGCCCAAGGAAGUGGACUUUCUGGGUGUACAUGGGCUGUCGCGUAUUUCCGCUAAUCGAAGCGGCAUUCACUCUCCGCGCAUUGGACCAUAGGCCAGCCGUGAACUGCUUACACCUGCAUCGGGCUGCAUGGGCCUUUGGAACGGCUACAUUCAUCUGCUCUUCCCUAAUCAUUCUUAUGCGAUUGUUCGCUGUAUGGAGACAGAGUGUCCCGAUCAGGGUUCUCGCGACCGCUGUCUGGGUUACGAAUAUACCUUUAGCUGCAAUCAAUAUUCCGAAGCUGCAAGCGCUUCCUGAUCCUUUCACAAGGACAUCCUGCAUCGUACCCAACGCUCAAGUGAUGUUGGUCAACUUUGUAUUCUUCUUGGGCACUGAGGUUUCGCUGUCCUUUGUCACCCUAUAUGGACUUUGGCGGUUGCGCGAUGUUGCCCGGGGAAACAUUUGGAGGCUCAUGUACAGACAGGGUUGGCUGUGGCCCAUGCUAGCCAUAUCUAUGCAGACCCCUACGGUGGUCAUAUUGGCGUUGAAUCUGAAUGGUGCCUUAAACAUCGCUCCAUUGACCCCUGGCAUGAACAUAAUGGCAAUUGCAGCGGGAAGGUUGUAUCGCUCUCUGAUUCUCACUGCAACAGAAGCUACAGUUCGAGCGAGUGCGCCCCGCUCAGGGGGCCGUGGGAAACUCAGCACACGAAGAGUCAAUUCAACUCCAAGUCCUUGCUCAUCGCAGCGUAGUAGUGGCCUGAGUCAUCGUCCUCCCCGAUCGAGCAUGAAAUGUGUGGCGUGCGAUCUGGGUUAG